AUGAUACGAAUACUAUCAAAACAAAAAACAGGCCUAAAACUGGUGCACAUAAAUGCCCAAAGUCUUAAUAACAAAAUAGAUGAGUUUCGCGAUACAUUCAUUAACUCCGACAUCGACGCCAUUUGUAUAUCUGAAACGUGGUUUCAUCCUGAAAUCGAUAGCAGCAUUUUUCAUAUUACGGGAUACAAACUGUUUAGAGCGGAUCGUCAUACUCAUGGCGGCGGGGUAGCUAUAUAUAUCAAACAUGGUAUAAGCUGCUCUCUCAAAUGUAUGUCAAACCGCUCUUCCCGCAUUGAAUACUUAUUUCUGGAACUUUUAUCUGAUGACAAGAAAAGAUUACUGCUGGGUUGCGUCUACAGACCAAAUUCAUCAAUAGAUUUUGAAGAAUUAAUAGAAACUAUUGAUAUAAUUUCCAUCGAGUACGACAAUAUAAUCGUAGCUGGUGAUUUUAAUAGCAACUUGCUUGUUGAGCGCUGUCUUGCCGACUCAAUGCAAACCCUAGGGCUACUUCCUGUGAAUGAUUCCGCACCAACUCACUUCACAAGAAGCAACGCGAGUCUGCUAGAUGUGUUCUUUGUCAGCCAUUUGUCCAAAAUAUCUCUCUACAAUCAGCUAGAUGCCCCCGCAUUCUCCAAGCAUGAUUUGCUUUUCGUCACAUACCACUUCGAAAUUAAUCCCACUGUUUGUACAUCGACAUAUCGCGACUUCAAAAACAUUGACUGGCCACUUCUGCAUCAAAGUUUAGAUGAAGUACCUUGGGAAGAGAUUUUCUAUAUGGAAGGUGUUGACGAACAAGUUUCCUUCCUAAAUCAUAACCUUUGCUCAAUUUACGACACAUGCGUUCCUGUCAAAGUCAUUUAUACUAACAGAAAACAACAGCCAUGGUUUACUCCUGAAAUCAAGCACUUGAUCAGCGUUCGAAAUUUGGCAUAUAAAAGAUGGAAACGUUAUAGACUGCCUACACUGUAUGACACGUUUAAAUCCGCUAGAAGAGAUGUGCUCAAAAAGACUAACGAGUCCAAAAAGCAGUACUAUAAAAGGAAAUUCGAAAAUGCAAUUGAUAGUAAGCGAAAAUGGAAAGAAAUAAGGAACAUCGGAAUUGGAUCGAAAUCCAAUACCAACACUGAUUGUCUUUCUAUCUCUGACCUAGAUGAGAUAAAUGAAAACUUUUUGAAAAUAAAUACUGUGGACCCUGGCACAAACACUUAUUCUAAUAUUUCUACAGCACAGAUUGAAGACACAUUCUCGUUUAGAUGUGUUAGUCCCGAAGAAGUCUUACAAAGUUUUGCAACCAUAAAGUCUGACGCAAUGGGAUUUGAUGGCAUACAUCCUAGAUUUGCCAAAUUGGUACUGCCGAAAAUACUUCCAUUUGUUACACACAUUUAUAACAACAUUCUUACAAAGUCAACGUUCCCAACAGACUGGAAAUUGGCAAAAAUUAUACCGAUACCCAAACAGAAUUCAGAGUUCCGUCCGAUUGCUAUCCUGCCGUUUUUCUCUAAAGCUUUGGAACGUAUUAUAAAUACUCAAAUAGAUGCCUUCCUGAGUUUCAGAGGUCUUUUGAAUGAUAGACAAUCUGGUUUUCGAACAAAAAGAAACUGCUCUACUGUAUUAAUUGACGUUGUGGAAGAAUUGAGACAAAAUAUGGAUAAUAAUAUGGUAUCAUUUCUGGUUUUACUGGACCACAUGAAAAAGUAUAAAUUAGUGCGGAUCAGCCAACAAUUACUACCAGAGAUGCAAACUUCAUGUUUUCUAACUAUAGUUGAUGCUUUUAAGAACACGAACCUUUACAUAAGUUACCACCAAGUGAAAAGCCAAAAGAUAACACUGGAUUAUGUUGACAAGAGGGUGCCCUCCUCCUCGUAUUCUGUUAUCUGUUAUCCUCAUAUAUUCCUUAUCACUUGCUAUAUGCUUUUGUUGAUUCAAGUCUGGUAUCUUACGCCGAAGUCUGAUGCCCUCGUGUGCGGGCGCCGUAAUGAUACUGAAACCCAUACUGAUCUCGCUCUUAUUUCGUCUUGUCACUACGCUGAUUUUUUGUGGUCCGCGUCUCUGAACUCCUCAGGCACUAAGCGUAUACUAUUCAUAUGUAGUUCUAAUUAG